AGAAGAAGAAAGAAGAUGCUUCUCUGAUUUUGUGGACAAAACAGUUGAUUUGUUACCCCACGUGUCCCAUCAAGAGUUUCUCUUUGAAUGGCCGCCGUUAUAACAAGUCAUGUGUUGAUGGUUGGAUCGGCACUGCGUUGCAACGCAACUUAUCCGUACUACACUUGCGUUGUCCUCAUCGGAUCGAUAGACAUACAGAGUUUUUGUUCCAAAGCAAGACACUGACUAAGCUUACGCUAUAUCCCAUGGAUGUGUUGUUGAUUUUGUUCCUGAGAGGAUUAAGAUGUUUACGAAAGAUGAUGGUCCUGCGAUUUUCCCUGCACUCAAAUCGCUUUUUAUAGGCGACAUUGUGAUUAGUACCACCAAUUAUGUUAACCUCAUCACUAUGUGCCCUGUGCUGGAAGAAUUGUUCAUCCGUAACGACGGAGAUAACCCGCCAAGUUGGAUUAGAUUUUUGGAUAGUUAUUCGUUGAAGCGACUUGUGAUUCAUUACCAUGUUCCUAAAUAUAGAGAGGUUUAUGAAGAUAAAGUUAUGGUCAUUGCAACUAAUCUUACUUACUUCGAAUAUUCUGGUUAUGUCUCCAGAUAUUAUAUUUUGUCGAAGAUGCCCUCGCUUGUGGAAGCUAAACUAGAUCUUCGACUGUGGGAGUCAACCAUCUGUUAUGAUGAUGAUUAUGAGGAUGGAUACCUUUCAGUGAAUGGUUUUAAUGUUAUCUUUGGUAAUACUACCUUUCUCCUUGAUGAUAUAAGCCGCAACGUUAAGACCCUUCACUUGUCUCCUCAUUCUCUUGAGGCUAUUCUUUUCUGUUGUGAGUACAUCCGUGUUUUCGAAAAUCUCCUUACUUUAUCAUUCGAAAGUGACAAGGAUAAAGGCUGGCAUUUUGUUCCUCGUCUGCUCAAGAGGGCCCCUAAUCUACAAACUUUAGUCAUCAAGGGUCUUAUUCAUCGAGUUACAGGUAGAUGUGGAGACGUGUGCCCAUGCCUCUUCCGUACAAAAAAGCACAAUAAUAAGGUGAAGGAGAGUGUGUCAAAAAAGUCUUGUUUACCGACACUUGGAGUGAAGGUGCUAGAGAUCUCUGGUUAUGGAGGAACUCGUAGAGAGAUUCAACAAAUGAGGCAUUUCCUUGGGAACUUGAAAUGUCUUGAACUUGUGAAAAUUGGUGUUGUUCAGCAUGUGGCAGACAAUAAGUACUUGAGAAGGAACCUAUUGUCUCUUCCCAGACUUUCAUCCAAGUGCAACAUCCAGUUCUUCUGAAGAAAAAAAUUGAGAAUCAUCUCUACUCUGUAUGUUGUUAUUUAAUUACUUUAAUAAAUGUUUUGCUAACGAUUUGAA